AUGAGCGAAAAAGCGUUGCUUCGUGAGAAGCACAUUGAGUAUGUUGCUUCUUUAGAUGAGAAGACGAAUGAUCUUGAGUAUUGGCUCUCAGAACACUUAAGGUUAAAUGGUGUAUAUUGGGGAUUGACCGCACUUUAUUUACUUGAUUCCAUGGAAACCUUCAAGAAGGAAGAUGUUAUAGAUUUUGUUCUUAAGUGCCGUGAUAGAAAAAGUGGUGGAUUUGCAGCAUUCCCAGGCCACGAUGGUCAUUUACUUACGACUCUUUCGGGUUUACAAAUUCUAGCAACAUAUAAGGCUUUGGAUCGGUUGUCCAACGAAGACAAGGACGAGAUAGUAAGGUUUAUUUUAUCCAAUCAGAAAGAAGACGGGUCGUUUCAAGGUGACAAGUUCGGGGAAGUUGAUACACGGUUCGUAUAUACUGCAUUAAGCUGUCUUUCAAUUUUGCAUCGCCUAACAAAAGAUGUUGUAGAACCCGCCGUCAGUUAUAUAUUGAAAUGCUACAACUUUGAUGGAGGAUUUGGGUUAAAUCCUGGCGCGGAGUCACAUGCUGCCCAAGCAUUUACAUGUGUAGGUGCACUAGCAAUUGUGGGAAGAUUAGAUGCACUAACUUCGUCACAGCAAAAUAAUAUUGCUAUGUGGUUAUCCGAAAGGCAAGUUCCAGAAGGCGGCUUAAAUGGUAGACCAAGCAAACUUCCAGAUGUGUGCUACAGUUGGUGGGUUCUUUCCACUUUAGCUAUUCUUAAGAAGGCAGAUUGGAUAGAUUUUGACAAGCUCACAGAGUUUAUAUUGAAUUGCCAAGACCCUAAGAAGGGUGGCAUUAGUGACCGGCCAGAUAAUGAAGUUGACGUUUUCCAUACAGUAUUUGGACUAGCAGGUCUUAGUAUAAUGGGAUACGACUCAUUAAAACCUAUUGAUCCAGUGUAUUGUAUGCCUUAUUACGCUACGGAAACAUUCCAACGCAGCUGCGACAGUUAA